AUGUUCCCGCCCUCAUCGCCCAUCGCAUUCCCCUCCAGUCCGCCGCCCGCAACCACAACCACAACCACAACCACAACCGCAACCGCAACCGCAACCGCAACCGCAACCGCAACCGCAACCGCAACCGCAACCACAAAACGGCCUCGCGAUUCCGAUACCCCCAAAACCACGAAACCCCGCGCCCUAGGUGGCUUCCUCGCCGACGAUGACUCCGACUCUGACGACGACAAUGCCUCUCUGGAACGAUCCCCGAAGCGACGGAUGCUACAGCAUGACAUCCAAACGGAUACCCAGACAACCGAACCACUACUUCUCAGUCAGCUAGCGAUUGACGAAGACCCCGAAGAGGAAACAGAACGAUACGAGCGCCUAUUCGGUGCAAAGACGUCAACUCCGGCGCUCCCUACAACUUUACUCAGUGACUACCUCAAUGCGCCCUCCUACCGCAUCUCGACAUGUUCCGGUAUGUCCAUCCCUAUCCGGGAGCGCAAACCAACAGAGCCAGUCUCCUAUGAGACCAUGGUAGCAGCAAGAUCGCGAACGAAAGAAGGCCGAGCCAAGAAGAGCUACUACGGAAUUGACAUCCACGAACUUAUCGACAACGCCACCAGCGAAAUUGCCCAAGCACAGAAAGCAGCCGCCACAGCUCCCAUUACUCCUCCAACCAACCCAGACAGGCCCAUACGAUCGGUCGAAGCAAACACGACAAGCCCCAAGAAGCACAAGAAGAGCCUAUUAUGGACAGAAAAAUACCGUGCCCGAACAUUCAUGGAUCUUGUUGGCGAUGACCUGACCAACAGGCAGGUGCUUCGCUGGCUCAAGAAAUGGGACCCCAUAGUAUUCCCACAUGUUGCGAAGAGCAAGCCAUCACGGCGACAUGGCGUACAAGGGCAAAAUCAACAGCCAGAUGAGGAAAAGCCGCAUCGGAAAAUCCUCAUGUUGACGGGCCCGCCCGGUUUGGGUAAAACAACCCUGGCGCAUGUGUGCGCGCGACAAGCUGGUUACGAAGUCAUGGAGAUCAACGCCAGUGACGACCGAAGCAAAGAUGUUGUCAAAGGUCGGAUUCGUACAAGUCUCGGAACCGAGUCAGUCAAGACGGUGGAGAACAAGAAGCCCGAAGCCGGAAAACAACAAAAGAUCGCUCGACCGGUGUGCGUGGUAGUUGACGAAGUUGAUGGUGUGGUUAGUGGCUCAGGAGGGUCUGGCGAGGGUGGCUUCGUCAAAGCCUUGAUUGAUCUGGUGCUCCUAGACCAGAAGAACAGUUCCGGCCCUGGGACUUCUACCGCGGCAAGCCGCAAAAAGAAGAAAGGGGACGACUUCAGACAAAUGAGACCCCUUAUUCUGAUCUGUAACGAUGUCUACCACCCAUCGCUUCGACCGUUACGCCAAUCAGGCCUUGCCGAAAUCAUUCACGUCGGCAAACCCUCCGUUGAGGCGGUGGUCACACGUCUCAAGACUGUGUUUGAAAAGGAGGGAAUCCCGUGCGAAAAGGAUGCUGCGCGCAAGCUCUGCGAGGCCGCAUGGGGAAUGACCAGUGGUAUUGACGCCAAGCGAGGAGCCGAGGGCAAUGCCGAAGGUGAUCUCCGCGGCAUCAUGGUGGUGGGAGAGUGGGUUGCGGGAAGGUUACGAGCUACCAUCACCAGCACACCGGUCCUAACAAGGCAGUGGAUUGAUCAAAAUAUCGUCCAUGAUCUCGCUCAUGGUGGUGGAGGUGCCCGUGGUCUCGGUCGCGGUGGCGUCAAAGAGAUUGUGAGCCGCAUUUUCCAAGAGGGCGGGGGUUUCCCGAAGCCGGCUAUGACACAGGCUGAGCAACCAAAGUAUGCCAAACACGAACAACCACAGGCAAACCUCGGCUUCUCAGAGCAGCGGAAGAAGUAUGCCAUGGCGCGACUAAGGGAGAUGAUUGAUACGAGCGGCGAGGUUGACCGUAUCAUGACCGAGAUCUUCAGCGAGUAUCCCAACCGCGAGUUCAACGACGACUCCUUCCUCACCAAGCCCGAUGCUGCGUAUGAGUGGAUGUACUUCCAUGACACAUGUUCAACGAGGCUAUACUCCAGUCAGGAGUGGGAGCUGGGUCAGUACAUCUCCCAGCCGCCAUUAGCAUGCCACCACUUGUUCGCUUCACCUAAGAGACAUCAGCCUCUGAACACCGAAAGGAGAUGGGGUGACGCAAUGGAGGAAGACACAGCGCCCCCAUUGCCAUUCAGCGGUCCAAGGGCAAACUUUGAGGCACACGAGGCGGAGAAGGUGAACAGGGCAGCGCUGCAGGGACUGCAAGGGCAACUACCUCCUAGUCUCCAUCGUCUGUUCCGCAGCCCUGAGGAUAUUUCUACACACUUCCUGUCAUAUUUGGUCCGUCUCAUAUCUCCCGAUGUGAAGCCCGUGGUAGUCGGUGGCAGCGACAAGAGCGGGGCGGUGGCCAGUGUAAGGAGGGAAGGCGAGAAGGCGAUGGUCAGGAGAGCAGCUCAAGUACUCGCUGAGGUUGGCAUUGCUUUGCAAAAGGGCAAGAUUGAGCAAGAUCCGACGCUUGGGCAGCAGUUCCGGACACAGUGGGUUUAUCGCAUGGAACCAGACCUCGACACGCUCGCAACCUUUGAGACAGCCGGCGCCCUUGUCCUAGCCUCCCAGGCGCCAACCCGAUAUGCCGUCCGCCAAGUUCUAGACCAAGAGCUGCAAAAGACCAUCGCAAUGCGCGAGAACGCUGCCAGGCAAGCGCGGAUGAAUAACGGGCAGACUAACUCCACUUUCAAGCCUCCCCCUGCUGCUACUCUCGACGCCAUGGUCCUUGACGCUAAUAAGGAGAAUAUGGCCAUGUUGGCCGAUCAAAAGGAAGUUAAAAGAGACUUCUUUGGCCGGGUGAUUGCGGAAAGGAAGAGGCCUUUGGAUGAGAAGAACGGGAAUGCCAACGCUGCCGCUGGCGGGGGCGAUGGUAAUGAGAGCAAGAGGAGGGGAAGGGGCAACGUGGCCGGCGAUGAGAAGGACAUCAAGGUGUGGGUCACCUAUCACGAAGGGAUCAAUAAUGCUGUCCGGAAACCGAUCUCGUUGGAGGAGUUCAUGAGAGGAUUCUGA